AACUCAACGAAAGAUGCAUCAUUUUGGGGUUAGAAGAAUAUGUCAGUUGACCUUUUCAUAUAAUAAGUUUUGCUUCUAAACUUUUUAUGACACUACUUUUCUCAUUUCUUAUGCUCUCAAACAUUUUUUGUCAAUUAAAAGAGAUCAUCGACAAAACAAAAUGCAAAGGUCUUCGAGUCUGAACAGAUUCUCUGAUGACUACUUCAAGAGUAGUGUCACCGUGUCUGAAUCUUCUGGUCUGAGAUCAUAUGAUGUCAACACACUACCAACGUAUGAUCCAAUCUCGGAGUUGGCUAAGAAGGAGAUUGCACGUGUUAGAUUCGCUGAGAAUGCAGUGCAUGUCAUCCCUAUUGUUAUUUUUAUUUGUGCCAUCACUCUUUGGUUCUUUUCAAAUUCAGAUGUAGGAAUCAUUGGUGCACAAAUUGGAAGAUUAAGUCUUGAUGGAGAAAUUGAAAAUGAUAGCGAUGGUACUCAAACAGGCAUCUUACCAACAAUGAAUUCAGGAGAUAUAUUUGCAGAAGAAAUUACAGCAGAAAAAGUUUUCACAAAACCUAAGACAAUAUAGCAAAUGAUGUUAAACAUCGUGGACACGGAGUAUUUUAUAUAUAGUUUACAAUUGGUGAGGUCUAAGUUGCUUUUUAUUUUCAUAUAUUAUGUUAAACAUCUUGAAUAUUGAUAUUCAGGGUUAAAUUUAAUAGCGUAGUUAUUUUUAUGCCCAAUUCCCUUCCUUCUUAGGUAAACAAAUUGUAUCCCAACUCACUCAAUGUACUUUAAUGUUCUUCCGAACCUUUACCCCCACACAAACAAUCAUUCUGCAGCCUUGAUGUUUUGUUUGGACAACAAACUCUAUAGAAGGCUAGAAAGUAAAAAAGAAAUAACAGUAAAUAUCUACUUGAUAAGAGUUAUUCUAUCUUAUGAGUGAUAAAAAUAUCACUUUUCACAUUAACUCUUGUGGAUAUCUUUUAGUAUUGGGUACAACUUAUAUGUAAUCAUUGUUGGAGGGUUUAAAAAAAUCUCAUGACAAAAAAGGAAAGUCCACUAAAGGAUACCCCAAAGCCAACAAACUCACAGAUUUC